AUGGAGCUCAACAUCUUCAAACCUACUAACAAGGAUGCGGCCAAGGCGGAGUGCCAAAAAUGCUUGCAAUUCGGACACUGGACAUAUCAAUGCCGCAAUCGGCGGGUGUAUCUACAGCGGCCCACGCGGACGCAGAUCCUCAAAAACCCUCGGCUGAACCCCAAGCAGAUAUUUGCUGACGAUGCUCCUGAGAUACCUUUAAUAACGGAUGGAGAUUUGUAUCGAGAUCGUCGCCUUGUACAAAGGCUAAAGGAAGAACAAGCAGAGAUACUUAAGGCAGCAAAAAAGGAGGCAAAGGACAGCAGCAGCAGCAGCAGCAGUAGCAGCAGCAGCAGCAGCAGUAGCAGCAGCAGUGAUAGUAGCAGCAGCAGCGACAGUGAUAGCAGCAGCAGUGAUAGUGAUAGCAGUACAAGCAGCAGCAGCAGUAGCAGCAGCAGCAGUAGCAGCAGCAGCAACAGCAGCAGGAGCGGCAGACGAUCUGCUCGCUCAGCCUUAGCUAAAGUAAAGAAGCGCGAGCCUUCUCCUGCAGCAGCAGCAGCAACAGACGCAGCAGCAGCAGCAGCAGCAUCAACAGCAGCAGAAGCAGCAGAGCAGCAGCUGCUGAUGGCAGUUAAGUCAGAGCCUAUAGACCCCGAGGUGCUGCGGGAGCAGCAACUGCUGCAGAAGCAGCAGCAGCAGCAACUGCAGCAGCAGCAGCAGCAGCAGGGUCCUCCAGUAAAGCAGGAGCCAGAGACGUCCAGCCGUAAGAGGCGACGUCCUAAAGAUAGCAGCAGCAGCAGCAGCAGCAGCAGUAGUAGUAGUAGUGACAGCAGCAGCAGCAGCGAUAGCAGCAGCAGUGACAGUGACAGUGACAGCAGCAGCAGCAGCAGCAGCAGCAGCAGCAGCAGCAAGAAGAAGAAGAAGAAGCAAAAGGCAACAAAAUUGAGGGGAAAGGAGAAAGAAGAAAUGUAUUUACAAAGAAUUAAGACAGAGCAGCAGCAGCAGCAGCAACUGCAGCAGCAGCAUCAGCAGCAGCAGCAUGAGUUGCUGCAGCAUAGUAGAGGACACAGAGGAGACAGAGAAGGAGACAGAUAUAGAGGAGACAGAGGAGACAGAGGAGACAGAUACAGAGGAGACAGAGGAGACAGAGGAGAGAGAGGAGACAGAGGAGACAGAGGAGACAGAGGAGACAGAGGAGACAGAGGAGAGAGGUAUAGGGAAGGAGACAGAUAUAGGGAAGGAGACAGAAGAGGAGACAGAUAUAAAGAAGGAGACAGAUAUAGGGAAGGAGACAGAAGAGGAGACAGAUAUAAAGAAGGAGACAGAGGAGGAGACAGGGGAGGAGACAGGGGAGGAGACAGGGGAGGAGAGAGGGGAGGAGACAGAGGAGGAGAGAGGGGAGUAGACAGAGGAGGAGACAGAUAUAUUGAUAGGGGAGACAGAGACAGAAGAGAAGGAGACAGAAGGGACAGAGACAGAGGAGGAGACAGAGGAGGAGACAGAGGAGGAGAGAGGGGAGGAGAGAGGGGAGGAGACAGAGGAGGAGAUAGGGGAGGAGACAGAGGAGGAGACAGAGGAGGAGAGAGAUAUAGAGAAGGGGAAAGAGACAGAGAAAGAGGAGACAGAGGGGACAGAGAAAGGGAUAGAGGAGGAGACAGAGAAAGAGGAGAUAGAGGAGGAGACAGGGGAGGAGACAGAGGAGGAGACAGGGGGGGAGACAGAGGAGGAGACAGGGGAGGAGACAGAGGAGGAGACAGAGGAGGAGAGAGAGGAGGAGAGAGAGGAGGAGAGAGGUAUAGAGAAGAAAGAGGAGAAAGAAAUGGAGAAAUAUAUAGGGACAAAAAAAAAGAAGAAAAAACAACAAAAGAAAGAGAAGAAAGAGAAAAUAAAUAUAAGGAAAGACAAGGAUAUAUAUAUACAGAUAGAGGAGGAGACAGAGAAAGAGGAGAUAGAGGAGGAGGAGACAGAGAAAGAGGAGACAGAGGAGGAGGAGACAGAGGAGACAGAGGAGAGAGGGGAGAAAGGAAUGGAGAUAAAGGAGACAAAGGAGAAAGAGAAGGAGACAGAUACAGAGAAAGAGAAAGAGACAGAGAAAGAGGAGACAGAGGAGACAGAGGAGACAGAUAUAGAGACAGAGGAGACAGAGGAGAGAGAGGAGACAGAGGAGACAGGGACAGAGGAGACAGAGGAGACAGGGACGGAGGAGAUAGAUAA